GGACGCAAUAAACAAUGCAAGUGGUGGGGGUGGGGAGCCAAGAACUCCGAGGCAGUCUGAGGGUAGGGACUCACGGAGGCAUAAGCUCUAGCUCCGGGUCGAAAACUCAACACAAACAACGUGGCCAGGCAACAUCAGAUACUUGCGCAGGUACACGGGAUCAAAGCAGGAGGUGGCGUGCGACAAAGGCGGGAGGAACAUGAAGUUGCCGUCUGAUACGAUGCCGGAGGCAGCCGAUGGGCUCGCGGGCGCAGUCCUCGGGGUGGUGGUGGGGGGUCCCUCCUUAGCCGUCAGGUCCGGGGAUCUCUUGGCCGGACCUAGCUCGCCUUCACAGGCGGCGCGGUCAGAGACACGGGACAAUGGGCACCACGCCCCUUGUUCGGCGAAGUUCCGAGGGAUCGCCGAUGUCAAAGCGAAGAAGAGUUGCGCGAUACCGACAACAAGUCGGAGGAGUCUCACUCUAGGCAUCUCAUCCCUGUCACAAUGGGCCAAAGGACGCCGAGACGCUCGAAGCGAGACGACCAGGCUAGAAGAGCUUCUCUGGUGCAAGCAUGACGCCUUCCAACGUUCGCUUCCUAGUUCCUGCGACCUGCUGGUUCAAGGUGUCUUCUACUGUGCUGUUCGCUUCUGCCGCCUUGCAAGAGCGAGUGCAUACGUUUCAACCGCGUGUCCACAACCGAAGCACGUUUGUGGCGGCGAGGGGCGCCCGCCAUGCGGCCCUACGGCGUCUUUCUCAUGUUCCGGCCGUCUGCUUCACAAAGUGGCUAAUUAUGGGGGGCGAAUCGAUUAGAUGCGAAACAAGGGUACAGGGGUAGCGGACCUCUGACAAGAAGACGCCGUGCAGGCGUGGUGCAGAUGCUUCUCGCCGACGCGUGCGGGUGGUGUGGCUGAGGAGUGGUGCCGCGCCUGCACGAGAUCAUGCGCCAAAUGCCCAGACCUGUCGCACUGCUGCAGUCUGCGCCUUAUGCGGCGGGGGGGUCG